CCUGUCUUCGUUCUAAUCACAUUGAUGAUGGCCAAUCGCCGUCCGUCGUCACACGAUUCAAUUCUCGCCUCCAUUCCUCUUCAUACCAUCUCCUCGUCGUCGUCGUCACCAGAUGAUGGCCGGACCUUCUUACGCAGCGCCCUUUUCCGACCUGAUCCCGCGUCAUCAGCCUGGCGUGGCAUCGUCCUCGCAUGGGAAACGAAAGCCCGUACCUCACGACGCUCGCCCUACAUCACCAUCGUGGACGGACGACUCCAUGUCCAGCUCCAGUCGCGGCAGCCCAUCUCGUCCCAAGCGGCCUAGCACAGCUCCUCUCUUGAGCUUGAGCACGGCGAGCACGGCGCAGGCAGAGGACUCCUUUGUACCCCCACCUCCCCUCGCCCGGCGCACUGCUCGCCACGCCUCUAGCUCGGACGAACCCUUUUCCUUCGCCAUGACUCCGCCCGCCCCAUCAUCAGGCAGCGCUCCCAGCUCCACUCUGUCCGACGCAGCGGCGCGAGGGGACCUUGCCGCUUUCCUGGACGUAGUUCUGGCAUCACACCGUCUAACCCCUCCGGCCCCGGCCCUCGUCGCAGGACCAGUAGACUACGUCGCCUCACUACGAGGGGCGGCAUCGCGGCUAGCUUCGAGCUUCGAGCGGCGUGAAGGGGCGAGGAGAGGGAGUGGCCAGGCGACGAUGAGUGGGGCGGUAUUGUUGAGGAAGUUGGAACAGCUCGCCCUCGAACUUGCGCAGGGGACGGAGCAGGGGCAAGUGCUCUGGCCGACGGAUGUAGAGUGUUUGAGGGAUGGACUGCACUUUAUGCUGGUCUUGAGCGAGGCUCAGACGGCCGUUCUCCGCUCAACGUCUACGCUCAAGGAACCCGUUCCAUCCCCGCUCAACCGUCGUCACGCGCAUCGCAAUUCACUCGAUAGUGCCAAUCUCUUUGGCGCUGGACCACAAGCGCUAGGCGCAAAGGCCAAGCUACUCAAAGCGCUAGGCAUCCCUUCGUCGCGCUCCGCUCUCCCCGCGAGCAGCGUCGGCCCCCCUGCUGCGGUCGAGCACGAGAAUGGCAACACCUUGCGUCGCGCCAAGUCAAACGAAUCGCUGCAAGCGCACGCCCACGCGCAGGCCAUUUCUCGUCUCCUGGACUCACGCCACGCCAUGCACCAAGAAGUCGAGGAGCUCAGCGCAGCCGUUUUUGCAGAGGCCAACGCCAUGGUUCGCUCUGAGAGGGAGAAGGUGGCAAUGCUACGCCAGCAGGUGGAGGAGAUGCGUCGCCGCGCCCGGUACGAUCGCGAGGUGGACGAGGACGAGGAUGAGGCGUUGCGUCGACCUAGCGAUGGGACUAUUCGCGCCGCACGCCGUGGGGAUCAGGCUGCGGUUGCGGCUGCGGCUGCGGCGGCGGCUGCGAUGAGGCGGGAAAAGCAGGAGAAGGAGCAGGAACAGUCGUUACGCCGGGCAAGACAGGCGAGGGAGGAGGGGGAAGAGUCGGUACGCCGGGCUAGGGAGGAGCAAGAGUCGUUACGCCGGGUGAGACAGGCGAGGGAGGAGGGGGAAGAGUCGGUACGCCGGGCAAGGGAGGAGCAAGAGUCGUUACGCCGGGCAAGACAGGCACGAGAGGAGGAAGAAUCACUCCGCCUUGCAAGAGAGUACCUGGGCCCGCUCAGGCGGAGAGAGGCGGAGAAGACCACGAGGACGUCAGGUUCGCUCGACCCACUCCAUGGCGGAGACAGCAUCGCGUUCAUGUCUGGCGAGAUCUCACCUGCGGCAGCUUCCUCCCACGCCGGUUCACCCGUCGGCAAGGCGGCGCAACUGCACCCGCACGGCGACAGCACGGCGACGAGCGAUAGUGAUUCGGACGAUUUUCAAGAGACCGAGGAGUACCUGCCGGGAGACGACCAGCGCGAGGAUGACUCGCGGCGCGAGGCACGCUCACCCCCGGCUCGCCUUACGCCCUUCGCCCCCGCGACGCCGCGCCUCAACAGCCCUGCCCUCUCCAUCCUGACCCGCGCGGGCAGUCACGGCCAAAGUCGCACCAUCCGUCCACCAAGUCGAUCGCGCAAUCGCUCCUCCCUCCCACCACGCGCGCCAGAGCCCAUCUCGCCCUUGCCUGACAGGCCGGACGCCGUCCCCUCGACGCCCAGUACGGUCAAUCAUUCGCUCGACGCCCGCGGAUCCCUCCUGCGUAGCUCGGCGAGCUCGAGCGGCAGUGGAAGCGGGAGUGGGAGUAGCAGGGGAGAUGUCGCCCCGUCAAGUCCGCCGACGUCGGAUGCCAAUCAUGGCAGUGAGCACGCAGCGAUGCAUUGGCACCCUUUUUCUGCCGCCGCUGUGAGUGGGCUGGGCAUCGGGGCGGAGAAGCCCGCGAUACCGCAGCGAAUCGAAUCGAGUAGCUGGCCUAGGCCGCCGAGUAGGGAUGGGCGCGACGCAGGGCUCGACCAGCCGGAGGAACAGGCUACCGCAGCGACUCCGCCGAGAUACCACCCUCGCCUGCCCGAGCGGGAUACGUCUCUUCCUCCUUCGCCCGCUAGGAGCACGGCGGAUGAAGAGCAAGAGGAGCAGGCACCCCGCAACGUCGUUCGUCUCGCCCCCGCCCCCAUCUCGCGCGUAUCAAACUCGCACGCGCCCACACCGCAAACGCACCACUCCCUCGCCCUCAGUCGCGAAACAUCUCGCACAUCCGGCGCAACAAGUAGCGGCGGGCGUCCACCGACCCUCUCUCGCUCUACUACCGCCUCGUCCAUCUCCGCAUCAAUGGAUCGCAGCGCCUCCUCCUCUUCUUCCUCCUCAACGACUUCAUCCCUCAGAAGAGCGCGAUACGCACGUCGCGACCACGAGCUGGGCCUACCCUCGCCAGGCAUCGACCUCGAAGCGCUAGGCGUGCACUCCCCUCCCGUGGCCAGCAAGAGUCGUUACACCAAGGGGAGUCGUAGUCGGAUCUUGGGGCAUUCCAACGCGAGCGGCAUCGGCGUGGCGGGAUUUGCCAAAUCCCCCGGAUCGAUGUUGGUCACGAAUGCGGGUGCGGGGAGGGAUAGGCCGAGAAGGGUUGGCGGGCUGAGAGAUUCGGGAAGGGAAACCCCGCCUGUGAGCUCGAUGUCCCGAUCAAGCUCGAGGGCUCAAUCGCUCAACGAGGUGCCGCGAGUGGGUAAUGGAGGGUAUGGGCGUGUGGAGCAGAGGCGCGGUGUGCGAUAUCCGGAUGAGGAGGGGGAGGAGGACGAGGAGGAAGGGAGUGAGGAGGAGGAGGAGCGCGAGGAGCGCGAAGAGCGCGAAGAGCAACAGCAAUGGGGGGCGAGGAGGUUGCGCUUUCGUUGAUUCAGUGCGUUUAGUUGGCACAUCCAAUCCAAUCACGCAUGGCAGGCAAUGUGCGUCGAUGCGUCGGUACGUUGAUGUUCUGCCGAUAUCUCGCGAGUAGCAGCCCGAAUCGCGUCCUCCUCGCUCCUUCUCCGUAGCUUCCCCCUCGCCGAGCAAGCACAACAUUCGACGCAGCGUCACUCAAGCGUCAGACUCGUUACGGCAAAGGUGACCUCAUUCACGAGGGUACUGCUGAGCUUGCAGCGUUUCCA